AUGGAAAUCGACGAAAAUGAAGUCUUUGUUUGGCCGUGGAAAGGGGUCGUGGCAAAUAUUCCCGUCCAGAGGAUAAAGGGAAAAUACGUAGGAGAAAGCGGGAAGAAGUUUAGAGAAGAGCUGCAAAGCCGAGGCUUCAAUCCCGUGAGAGUCCAGCCACUGUGGAAUCGCAUGGGCCACUCGGGCUUUGCCGUGGUUGAUUUCAAUAACGACUGGGUGGGUUUAGCUGAUGCCUUGAGGUUUGAGAAGGCUUACGAAGCCAAUGGUCAGGGGAAGAGCGCCUAUUUUGGUGCUCGGGAAAGGGGUGACAAGCUCUACUGCUGGGUGGCUCGAAUGGAUGACUACUAUGCAGAAAAUGUAGUCGGUGACUACUUAAAAACGAAGGGUGAUCUGAAGACGCUCAUGGAGUAUGAAGAGGAGGAGAAGAGGAAAAACGGGAAGCUGGUGGCAAGUUUGGCCAGCACAGUUGAGGCUCAAGAAGAGCGCCUCAUGGAGAUGGAGAGCAAGAAUGCACGUGAUCAUCUUCAGAGAGUCUCGGAGGAAUGUGGUAGAGCCACAUUGGAGCUAGAGAAAAAGAAGAAUGAUCUGAACGAGCUUGAGAAGGAACUUAAGGCGCGUGAAGUUAAGAAUGAAAACGAGGCCAUAAAUCUUGAAAAGCUUAAAGCUGAAAAGCUGCAGAAUGAGAAAGCCAUCAUGGAGCGAAGGAGGGCAGAAGAAAAGGUUCUGAAGCUGGCAGAGGAUCACAAGAGAGAGAAAGAGGUACUCCUGAGAAAGAUUGUAGAGUUGGAAAAGCAGAUAGAUGCCAAGCAAGCGCUCGAGCUGGACAUACAAACUCUCAGAGGUAAGCUUGAAGUGGUGAGACGCAUGGAAGAUGGAGGAGAUCAGCAAGAGGCCGGGAAGUUGGGUCUCAUCCAAAAAGAGCUGAAAGACAAGGAGGAGGAGCUGGAUUUUUUAGACACACUCAACCAAAAUCUGAUUGUGAAAGAACGGAGAUCCAACGAUGAACUGCAAGAAGCUAGGAAGGAUAUGAUCGAGAUCUUCAAGGAACUCGUCUCUAAAUCCAUCCGGAUCAAGAGAAUGGGGGAGCUUGACAGCAAAGCUUUCAUCUCGGGGGCCAAAAGGAAGCAUUCUGGUCGAGAAGUCAACAUCAAAGCUGUCGAGCUGUGCACUGAGUGGGACAGUUAUUUAAGGGAUGCCAACUGGCACCCUUUCAAGAUCGUCCCCGAUAUAGAUGGUAAAACAAUGAAG